UCUAGUUCUCCAGGUUUCACAGGCGAGCUCACCAACAGCCACAGCUCAUGAUGGAGGCCAUCAAGAAAAAGAUGCAGAUGUUGAAGCUGGACAAGGAGAAUGCUCUGGACCGGGCAGAGCAAGCCGAAGCGGAGCAAAAGCAGGCAGAAGAGAGAAGCAAGCAGCUGGAGGACGAGCUGGCGGCCAUGCAGAAGAAGCUGAAAGGGACAGAGGAUGAGCUGGACAAGUACUCUGAAGCUCUGAAGGACGCCCAGGAGAAGCUGGAGCUGGCAGAGAAGAAGGCUGCUGACGCUGAGGCUGAGGUGGCCUCCUUGAACCGUAGGAUCCAGCUGGUAGAAGAAGAGCUGGACCGGGCCCAGGAGCGCCUGGCCACUGCCCUGCAAAAACUGGAGGAAGCCGAGAAAGCCGCUGACGAGAGCGAGAGAGGCAUGAAGGUGAUUGAGAACCGAGCCCUAAAGGAUGAAGAAAAGAUGGAGCUCCAGGAAAUCCAGCUCAAGGAAGCUAAGCACAUUGCGGAAGAGGCGGACCGCAAGUAUGAAGAGGUGGCUCGGAAGUUGGUGAUUAUCGAGGGGGACUUGGAACGCACAGAGGAACGAGCUGAGCUGGCAGAGUCUAAGUGUUCUGAGCUGGAGGAGGAGCUGAAGAAUGUCACCAACAACCUCAAGUCUCUUGAGGCUCAGGCGGAGAAGUACUCUCAAAAGGAAGACAAAUACGAAGAAGAGAUAAAGAUUCUUACGGAUAAACUCAAGGAGGCGGAGACCCGUGCUGAGUUUGCCGAGAGGUCAGUGGCCAAGCUGGAGAAGACGAUUGAUGACUUGGAAGAUAAGCUGAAAUGCACCAAAGAGGAGCACCUCUGUACACAAAGGAUGCUGGACCAGACUCUGCUUGACCUGAAUGAGAUGUAGAGCACCCCGGUCCCGCCCUGCCGCUGCUCCUCCCCCCUGACCCUGACUCCGCCUGAGGCCAGCCUGCCCGAAGCUGGCCUGGAAACUGAGGGCUGAUCUUUAACUGGAAGUCCGCUUUCUCCUUUUUGCCGCCUCUCCCACCCCAACCCCUGUAUCUUUUUCGCCAAACUGUCUCUGCCUCUCCCCUGAGAUUCCAGUCGGGCUUGAGGCCGAGCACCUUUGGGAACAACGUUUAAGGGAAUGUGAGCACAAUGCAAAGUGUCUUUACAAGCAUGUUGUGAUGUACACAUUUUGUAAUUACCUUUUUUUGUUGUUGCUGUAGCGACCCAUUUGUAAAACAUUCCUAAUAAUUCCACAGUUCUGAAGCAGCAGUCUUAGUCCUUGCUCACUUGGAAGGUUUGGAAAGUUAACUUUUCAGCCUAACGCACACUGCUCUCUCUGCAGAGGAGGGAGAGCGGCAAGGCCUGCCUGCCUACUGAGGGCCAGAGCCCCGAAAGGUACCCACUCUGGGAAGCUUCGUUGCUCUGUCCAAAGUACCGGCCAAAUUAGAAAGGUGAUUCCAGGAGGAGUUAGCCAAAAAAGUGUGGCUCAGGGUUUCAGUUUUAAGGUAUCUUUGAGCAACUUUAAUUUCUUUUCAUCAGAAGUGACCAAACAAAUUAAGGUGUGAGACCUCUGUCUGAGACCAAAUCCUUGUCCUAUCCUCCUCACCCCUCUCUCUCCUAACCGCUCACAGACAUGGACCAUGUCCCCUUUAUGUUGAGGUGACCACUUAUUUGCUCUCCUGCCUCCUUGAAAGAAGAAAAGAAAAUUACGUGUUUGCCACUGAUUUAGCCACAUGAAACAAACUUAUCUCGUCACCCUUCUCUGGGACUGAAGCUGCUGUCUCUAAAAGUGCCACGUCAUUGUGCUUUGUGUUAGUGCUGGAGAAAUCUUGAAUAGCUUACGUACAAAACCGUUUUUAAAUUUUAUAUUAUUUUGAAACUUUGCUUCUUUAGGGUUGGGGCACCUUGGCCACUCUGUCAGGCUGAGAACUGUACAGUCUGUGGGCUGACGGUGUGCUGAUCUUUUAAAAGUUUCUUUCCCUGCCCAAUCCCCCCUUUUGGUGAGGUUUCUGUGAGGUCUGUUAGGUGUGCAUCCGGCAGCUUCUUGGCUUACAAUGCACUCUCCUUUGGUGUGCUCUCUCCGGGGCCGAUUGAGAGAAAGAAACCAAUAGUGCAACUGUUUUGAUACUGAAAAUUGACAACUGUCUUUUUGAAAUAAAGAACCAGUCCCUCCAA